AACUUUGUUUUCGUCCACUGAGGCGGUGGUUUCAAAUUUUGGCGAAAUGGCUUGUACGAAGUUAAACGUAUAUUAUAUACCAACAUACACGGCGAUCUCCGUCUUUAUUUUGAUAGGUCUUUAUUAUAUUCUGAGCGGUGAAGGCCAUAGGUUCGAUAUAGGAUGGGUUUUAUCAGAAACAUCACCCUACCUGUGGGCUGCAAUGGGCAUCGGUUUGGCUAUUUCUCUUUCGGUCGUCGGAGCUGCUUGGGGCAUCUACAUAACAGGCUCUAGUAUUCUAGGAGCAGCUGUCAAAGCACCUCGUAUUCGUACGAAAAAUUUGGUUAGUAUUAUUUUCUGUGAAGCUGUUGCUAUUUAUGGAAUUAUUACAGCUAUUAUUAUGUUGAGUCAAGUUGGGUCUUACAAUCCUGCAGGAGCAAGUGAAAGUGUGAUACGUCAAGCGCAUCGAGCUGGUUAUGCAAUGUUUGCAGCUGGAUUAACUGUUGGUUUUUGUAAUCUUAUUUGUGGUGUAUGUGUUGGUAUGGUUGGUUCAGGUGCAGCAUUAGCCGAUGCUGCAAAUUCUGCAUUAUUUGUUAAAAUACUUGUAGUGGAGAUUUUCGGUAGUGCAAUUGGCUUAUUCGGAAUAAUUGUAGCUAUUCUUCAGAUUUCUGGCAAGAAAAUAUCUGAUAAAGGUUAAAAUUAUUGCAUAAAAUGGGCGACGAAAUAAAUAUCCUGUUGAGUUUUCAUUUUUAAAAACCUGGAUACCACUACUUAUGUAACCUUAGUUUUUCUCAUAUGCUACUGUUUCUUUUAGAAUUCAAUUGUUACUUACGUAUUGACUGUGUUGGUUAGCUGUCGGCUUUCUCUUUCUCUCUCUCUGUCUCUCACUCGUUUCUCUGUUUCAUUUGUUCUUAUGAUUGAUUGAUUGAUUAGUAGUUGAGAAAAGAAACAAUUGAUUCACUUAUAUAUGUAACUGAAGAAAUGAUGUUUGUUAUAAUUCUGGUCACAGUGUUAAAUUUGUAUCGUAAUUAUUUCUCGAACCUUUCAGAAGCCCAAGGUCAUAUGUAGCGCUCUAUAUAUAUAUACAUAUAUAUACAUAAUUCAAUAAUGCAUAAUAUUUAAUAUCACCACUAUUCUUAUAAUUAAAAAUUAACAAUUAACUAACUAGACAUGAUAAUUAUGUUUUCAACUUCAAUACUACUAUAAUACUUUGUUAUUCUUAUAUUCACAUUCCUGUCCAAGUUGUUUUGCUGAUUUCAUUGUGCGUCUCUGUGUGUGUGUGUGUGUAUGUGUGUAUGUAUUGAUUGAUCAAGUAAAUUUUUAUUCUUUAGUAA